AUGAAGUUUCUAGUGGCAUCCGAGAUUGACCGUUUAAACCAGGCGUUCAUCGACCUACUUGGUGUCAAACCGACUUUCAUCCGUCCUCCUUAUGGCUCAUACAACGAUGAUGUUUCGAAUGCUGCAACUCAGCGCGGACAAAAGCUCGUGAACUGGGACUUCGAUUCUGGAGACUCUGUCGGGACAUCACCCCAAGACAGCAUGGCACUGUACGACCAGGUUGCGAACAAGACACUUGCUGCCACCAUUUGUUUGAACCAUGAGACAUACAAUUCCACUGUCCACCAGGUGUACCCGUAUGCGCUCCAAAAACUUCAAGCGGCUGGAUUCAAACUAGUCACGCUGGCGGAGUGUCUCGGGGACAAGCCUUAUGUCGAUAAUCCUGGACCAAAACAACCUGCCUCUGCAUGGCAUUGCUAA